AAGAGCUAAUACCGCCACUCGCCGGCAGAGUUUCAGUGUCGUGUGUGAAAAUCGUGAGGUGAGGAAGAAAAAUGGCUACUAAUAAUUAUUUCGGAUUUACACACGGCGGAACGCAAUAUGGCACCGCGGCCACGGGGGCGGCGUAUCCAGCCACCCAGGCGGGCUACGUUCCGGCGACGGCCGCCACUUAUGGGGCGCAGCGGCCAGCGGGCUAUGAUUACCAGGCCACAGCCACACAGGGAAGCUACGCAAGCACUGGAGCGCCGGCUCCGACCUAUGAUUACGGCUAUGGGCGCCCUGCUCAAUCCUAUGACACGUCCAAGACAUACUAUCAACAAGCUGGAGCCACUGCAGCUUAUUCAGGCCAGACCUAUGACUCAUCGACCACGGCAAAGGUCGCUGGAUAUCAGACGGCAACCUACGCACAACCGGCCAGAACAACCAUUCAGCCAGCUAAAGUGACGCAGUACGUCUCGCAGACGACCUAUUCUCCAGCUGCAACAACAACAACAGCAACUACAAAGCAGCCAGUCGCCACUACAAAUGUCACAACAUACUCCAACAUCGAUGCUGCACUGUACAGCGCGGCGGCGACAAUGUAUGUGGCGCAGAAGAAUAACAAGACAGCAAAUUCAGGACAGGGAAACACUUGGCAGUACAAGAAGAACCAGGGAAAUAUGCCAGGAGGCAACAAGCCGCGUUUCAAGCAACCGCCAAAGCCGCAGCAGUUGCACUAUUGUGAGGUGUGCAAGAUUAGCUGUGCCGGACCACAGACCUAUCGUGAGCAUCUCGAUGGGCAGAAGCACAAGAAGCGCGAGGCGAGUCUCAAAUUGUCUGCCACGGCGGCGAAUGUGUCGCAGAAUCGCGGAAAUAGUCUUCACUGUGAACUGUGUGAUGUCACGUGCACAGGAUUCGAUGCUUAUGCGGCCCAUGUUCGUGGCUCAAAGCACCAGAAGGUGGUGAAGCUGCACCAGAAGCUGGGAAAGCCCAUUCCUUCCACUGAUCCAUUGACCAAGAAGCCGACGAAGGUGAACUUCGUGCCAGCUGGAGCUGGUGAAAAGGAGGAGGGCAGUGCCGGUGUUGCGGGCGUGAGUGCUGUCGUCGGAGAGGCUCAAGAGGAGGAGACGGCCAUUCACCUGCCCGUGGACGAUGUGAAGCCCGUUGGAGUGGAGUAUAUUGAUGAGAUUAAGGAUGACGAGGGAAAGAUCUUGAGUUUCAAUUGCAAGUUGUGCGAGUGUAAGUUCAAUGAUCCCAAUGCCAAGGAGAUGCACAUGAAGGGACGCCGCCAUCGGCUGCAGUACAAGAAGAAGGUGCAGCCGGAUCUGGUGGUGGACAUCAAGCCGUCUCCGCGUCGGCAGAAGAUCGCCGAGGCGAAGGCGCAGCGUGCGGCCAUGCAGGAGGAGUACUGGAACCGCCGGCGCAUGGCCGACGCGGACUUGGAUGACGACGAGCGGAUGUACUGGGAGGAGCGUCGUCGCUUCGAGGAGGAGUUCGACUACAUGAAUUGGAUGCAGCGCGGAUUCCCGGGUGUGGGACCGCGCGGGCCUCACAUGGCGCGCGGAGGGCCACCGAUGGGGCAUCCCUUCUUCGGCGGCGGCAUCAUGACGGGGCGCCGGCCAGAGAGCUCUGACGAUCGCCACGUUGUGGCGAAACACGCAGAGAUCUAUCCGAAGGAGGAGGAAUUGCAGACAAUUCAGCGCAUUGUUUCGCACACAGAGCGAGCGCUCAAGUUCGUGUCGGACGCUCUCGCGGACACUGGCAAGGGGACGAAUGCGAAGCCAGGCGACGCGGCACAGAAGGCGAAUGAGAAGCCAGUCGGCACUAAUAAUGCGUCUAGUGAUGCCAAAAAUGCAAAUGAAGCGGCUAAGAAGGAAGAUGGGCGAGACAACCAAAUGUUCUCGUUCCAGAAGGACGCCGAGGGAUCUGUGAGAGUCCUCAAAGGUGUGAUGCGCGUUGGUCUUCUGGCAAAAGGUCUUCUACUUCAGGGUGACACUCUAGUGCAGUUGGUUGUGUUGUGCGCCGAGAAGCCCACGACGCUGCUGCUGAAGCGCGUGGCGACGGAGUUGCCGGUGCAGCUGAAGAAGGUGUUCGAGGAGCACACAUAUUCCGUGACAAUGGCACCGGUUGAGGGUGCCGUGCUCGUGAGUGACGGUCAGAUAACUGUGAAAGUGUCACUGACAUCGCCACUCCUCCGUGAACCAGAUAUGAACAAUGCAACUGCCACUGAACAACCGGUUCAGAAUACAGAAGAUCUUCUGCCGCGCGAACCCUGUCUACAGGCACUUGCCGCAUUGAGGCAUGCAAAAUGGUUCCAGGCCAGAGCUACAGGAUUACAGUCGUGUGUCAUGGUUAUGCGAGUCCUCCGUGAUUUGUGCCAGCGCACUCCAAUGUGGACUCCACUGAGCCAAUGGGCUAUGGAACUACUCACUGAGAAAGUAAUCUCAUCGGCGGGCAUCCCAUUGAGUCCGGGUGACUGCAUGAGACGUGUGAUGGAGGCUGCAGCGUCUGGACUGUUCAUCAAUGGUCCGGGUAUCUUUGAUCCGUGCGAGAAGGAGCCUCAUGAUGCUUUCAGUGGCCUGAGCAAGCAGCAGCGCGAGGAUCUCACGUCAUCGGCGCAGACAUUCCUGCGCUACAUUGCAUUUCGGCAGAUCCACAAGGUGUUAGGCAUGGAUCAACUGCCACAGCCGAAGUUCGUGCCGCGCCAGUGGCGCUUCAACCGCAAGCGAAGGCGUUCCGGCACCGAAGGGGCUGAAAAUGAGGGUGAUCAAGUACCGUCAGGCGAUGGGAAGAUGGUGAAGAAGGAAGAGAGCGGAGGAGGAACAGUGGAGAAGAUGGAUGCAGAGACAACGAAGUGAAUUCUCUGCUGACUUUCCAGCCUCUCCCCGAGAUAGGAUUGGAAUACACACGUAAAUUUAAUCAUACAAUUGGAUUAUAAGUUAUUAAUGAGAAAUUUAGAGAUGGAUUUCAAUUGAGGAUCUAUGAAUUAUACUUCCCAAGCAUAAUUAUUCGUACAUUGUAUUCAGAAGCAAAUGUAUUUCAAUUCCAAUAAAAA